GAGGUCUAUCAAUGCUGGCGGACAGUGAGCCAGACACCUCCUCCUUUCGAAGUCCAUUCAUUUUAAGGAUCUGACGCUUGAUUGAAACGUGCCCAAGCCAUUCAAAUCACUGCAAGGCGGUUAACUUCAAAGUCCUUGACUUUUAUUGGCCCCCAAAAAACCCCAGAUUAUAUUCAAAUGAACAGAGUGUGAUCAGAAGCAAAGUUUUUUCCCCUUUCUGUAGUCAGUUGUACCUGGAAAAACACCGCGGUGAGUUGCAGACAAGAUUGACUGGACCAAAGACUAAAUUAUCCUCCAGAAUCUGUAAGGGGUUUGUCCAUGUUGAAUGCCACCUGUGGAAGAGUAGGGCAAGUUGGACCAACCUCUGCAGCCAUUCCCCAGUUCCAAUAUGACUCGCCGAUGGGGUCCACGUCUGGAAUGUUUCAGUUUUGGAGCAAUGAUGCUUUCGGAAGUUCUCACACGAUGUCCUUCAGUCCUCCAAAGGCUCAGUAUGCUCUUGGGACAGCGCCAUCAGCUUUGGGAUCACAAGAGCUUUCCCUGGCCCCUCCAACAGAAUCGGUCUACACUUAUGAGUUGUCUUCUGUGAAGAUCCUGACUACUUCAGUUUUGGAAAGUUCGGCCUAUCCUUACCCAGAAGCUAACGGAAUAGCUCCGAGCUUCCCCAACCUUAUUCCCAGUUCUUCAGCGUUGCCAAAUAGACAUGUAUCGCCCAGUCAUCCUGACGAAAUUCCAUGGUGGAGCAUGCAACAGCCCAGUCCUGUCAAUCCUCACCAUCUCCCAUUCGGAAGAGCUGUGGUUUUGGGCCAUCAAAGCCAAAUGCCAUCUACCUUCCUUCAGAGCUCUUCCAAAGGUCUCCUGAACUGUGCCAGGCGUUGCCGGAGAUGCAGAUGCCCCAACUGUCAGUCUCCAGGCAGUAGUAAAGACCAGGGUAAGAAGAAGCAGCAUAUCUGCCACGUUCCUGGCUGUGGCAAAGUCUAUGGAAAGACCUCCCACCUGAAAGCCCACCUGAGGUGGCACGCUGGAGAACGCCCCUUUGUUUGCAACUGGCUGUUUUGCGGGAAGAGCUUCACCAGGUCUGACGAGUUGCAGAGACACCUGAGAACUCACACUGGGGAGAAACGCUUCUGCUGUCAGGAAUGUGGCAAGCGGUUCAUGAGGAGUGACCACCUCUCCAAGCACACCAAAACCCAUCAGAAUAAAGGGAUGAAACACCAUGGAGUGAGUCUGGCAAACAUCAAAAUGGAGUGAGGGAGAAAGCUGAGCUUUGCUGAUGGCCUCGUGAAUCAGCGCAUGAGAUGGAGUUGGGAUUGAGACGUGCUAUCGGCAAAGUCCUAGCUUAACUGCCUGGUCUGUGUUAAGUUGAGUGAUCUUGGCCAAGGGUAGCAAUAAGGAAUACCGAAUCUGUCCUUGGGCUUGGGAAGUGAAAAAUCAAUUUGGGAUCCUGGGAACUGGGCCUUUGAACAUUUGAGUGGGGCUAGGUUGGAUUGAGCCUCUGAUACCUUCCCAUAUCUCGGCCCUGCACCAGCGGUUAACUAUUCUUUCAACUUAACUAGGUGAAGUUCUGGAUGUUCUGGAUACUUGUAUUAGUAACCACUUCAGUGAGGGAGGGAGGAGGAGGGGGGGGCGGUGAAGAUGAAAGCUGGAGCAAAAAGAAUGAAGGAUCAGAAUCAGACAGAAGAAUUCAACUUUGAGCAGUGCAAAUAAUAAAAAAAAGAUAGUGAAACAGGAAAUAAAAAUACUUUGGGCUGAAGGAGGCAAAACUCAAUGGAAACUUCAUACCUGGAGUUUGGAAGAUGAUUCUCUAAAGUGGUUUGGAAGAAGUUACUAACUGAUGGGCACCUUCAAAUACACAACACUUGAAGGGAAAAGUCGCGACUAAAUUUUAGCAAAAGACAUUUUGAAGGUUGCAUCCAAUUGAAUGUUAAUUUAUGAACAACCCGAUACUGGUGCAACAUCUGUCCUGCAUGCGACUGCGUGAAAUCUUUUUUAAAGACUACAUUCUUUUUGGCCUCCGUACAUGAUGUGCGCUGUAUCCUCAGACAAUGUUCCUGGAAGUUGAGCAAUUUUUCCGAAGGAACCAAUUUGGCUGAGAUCGCGUGUGUUGUAUUUGAUUGUACACUUUAUUUUAAGAAAUUUAUGAUUGACUUUAUUCCUCUUUUGACAACCGAUCUAACAUUAUUUUAAUUAACAAAUGCGUGCUGCGUAAGGUAUAUCAAUAAAAGGAGCAAAUUACUUAUGAAACUUGCCUAUAUUUUAAGAUUUGUAUUGAUGGUCCAUUGUUGGGGAAAUGAUUUAGAUUCUUGAACCCAUGCUGCACAAUAUAAUGGGUGGAUCCAUUGCAUUGGGUGGAGUUUAGACCCCUGCUAUAUGUUGAAUUGUCUGAUCUUGCAUGACGCAUUAGUAGAAAUAUUCGCUCCAGCACAAGUGGGCUCAAAGGAGAGGACUAAAACCUCA